AUGUGGGGAUACGGUUCUGUGGGGUAUGAGAGGCAUGCUGCAACUGCAGUGAUGUUUCUGUUGGCGCUUUCGAUCUGCCUCUGGAUCGACUCCAACACUGCAGCGGAUGUGCUUGUAGCGGGGAUAAGGGCGGCUGCGCAGCUCUCAGCCGUCGGAUUCGGGCUUAAGUACAUCUUCGCCGUUGAGAGCUGGGAGGUGGCAUAUUGUGGAGUCGUUAUCAUGGUGCUGGCAGCAGCACACACAGCGUCUAAGAGAGCCAAGCGCGUGGCUGGGGGUUCCUGGGUGGCGCUCUUGGCAAUAGGAGCCGCUGUCACACUCGCCUUUUCUCUCCUUGCAGCCUUGCAGGUGGUUCCCCUGCGACCAGGGUUUGUGAUUCCCAUUACGGGCCUGGUGGUGGGCAGCAGCAUGACCAUUGCAGCCAACACCAUGCAGCGACUGGCUGACGACUUUCAACAGAGGAGGGGAGAGGUGGAAGCGGCACUAGCUUUAGGAGCAAGCCAAUGGCAGGCCUCCCUUCCCCUCAUUCGAAAGGCCGUAGCAGUGGGCUUUGGGCCGACACUAGACUAUAUAAAGACCUACGGUGUGAUUCAGCUUCCUGGCGCUAUGGUGGGGAUGCUUAUGGGGGGGAUGCCGCCGCAAGAAGCAGUUAAUCUGCAGUUAACUGUAACUUUCUUUUUGUUGGUGCCCAUGGCGCUCACCACUGUUGUCUCGGCGGUUUUGACUGCCCGAGGAUUUUUUCCUGCCCCUGGGCAGCUGAUAGAGGAGCCAUGCUGCUGA